GUUGAGAAACGAGAAGGUGACAGUAAAUGAGGGGGACAGAGAGCUGACAAUUAGGGGUCCCGGGACGGCGGCGAAAGUUGUAGAAGGAAACUUCUGCAACAGGUGGACUACUUGCUGCCAAGAGGAGGGGCCCAAGGGGAGCCGAGCAGCAGACGAGACCAAAACUUAAGUGAGUUGGCGAAGCGGCUUGGCGGUAGCGGCGGGCUUACUUUUUCUCCCUUAAGAGAUUUCAGCGGUUUCCUGACCUUCACGGCAGGGAACCCAUAUUGAAGAGAGAUUUGAAGGAAAGAUAACAUCCCAUAUGUACCUCCCCAAUCCUUGAGGACAUCAAAAAAGGCCCUAUUACAGGUGCCCCUUCCAACUGAAAUUGGGCUUUAGGUAUCCCUAACAAACUUUGACACAUCCCAAAUAUCAGCCAUGGCAUCUCGCAUUGGUUUACGGAUGCAGCUUAUGCGAGAACAAGUACAACAGGAGGAACAACGGGAGCGCAUGCAGCAGCAGACAAUGAUGCAUUACAUGCAGCAGCAGCAACAAAUGCCAAUGGCUCCUACCCCAGCCAUCAACACACCAGUUCAUUUCCAAUCACCACCAUCUGUGCCAGGAGAAGUCUUAAAGGUUCAGUCCUUCUUAGAGAAUCCUACCACAUAUCAUAUCCAAAGGUCACGAGACAAGAAGGUCCAAGAAUAUCUGUCUGAAACUUACGGGAACAAGUUUGCACCGCUACUUGGUGCUCCUUCUCCCAAGCCGCCUCCUUCAGCCUCCCCUGGGGUGAGACCAUGCCAUGCCAUGCCCUCUUCUGCAGGCAACAGCACUCCAAACAGUCCAAUGGCAAUGCUUAAUAUCAGCUCCAAUCCAGAGAGAGAGAUAGAUGAUGUCAUUGAAGAUAUCAUGCAGCUGACAACUACUGUGGGGUGUCUUAAUCCAGAAAUUCAUAUGCCCAAUACUCUGCCUCUGUCCAGCAGCCAUAUGAAUGUCUAUAACAGUGACCUCCAGAUGACUCCUUCUGUGGUGGGCAUUACCAGCAGCUCUUGCCCUGCUGAUCUCACUCAAAAGAGAGAGCUUACAGAUGCUGAGAGCCGUGCUUUGGCUAAGGAACGCCAGAAGAAGGACAAUCAUAAUCUAAUUGAAAGAAGACGAAGAUUCAACAUUAAUGAUCGUAUAAAGGAAUUAGGGAUGCUGAUUCCAAAAGCUAGUGAUCUAGAUGUGCGCUGGAACAAAGGGACAAUCCUGAAAGCCUCUGUUGAUUAUAUCAGAAGGAUGCAGAAAGAUUUGCAGAGAUCACGAGAUCUUGAGAAUCAUUCUCGGCGUCUGGAAAUGGCUAACAAGCAGCUUUGGCUUCGUAUACAGGAACUGGAGAUGCAAGCUCGAGUCCAUGGGUUACCAACCGCUUCACCUUCUGGCACGAACAUGGCUGAACUAGCUCAGCAUAUGGUGAAGCAAGAAACUUCUGGAGAGGAGGGGACAGCAGAGCUCUUACAGCAACCACAACUGCAAGCUGAACAGGAAGCUCAGCACCUGCCUCACUUUGCUCCUCCUCCUCCUCCUCCCCCGCAAUCUCCUUAUCAUCAGCUGGACUUUACCCACAGCCUGAGCUUUGACGACAGUUGUAGAGGUUUCCAUGACCCGCUGGACCCUAGCCAAAAUGUCUCUUUCCCCUCCUUGUCCAAGAAGGAGUUAGACUUGAUGCUAAUGGAGGAUACUAUGCUUCCUGUGGCUUCUGACCCCCUGUUUUCCACUGUGUCCCCAGAGGCUUCAAAGGCCAGCAGUCGGAGAAGCAGCUUCAGCAUGGAAGACACUGAUAUGCUGUGAACAGAAGCCCUCCAAGGAGAUUAGGAAUUCAAUAUUGUUUAUUUGUGAAGUGAAAAUUCUUCAUUUGACUUAUAUGUUUAGAAUUCCUCAAAGACUUAUGAGGCUAAUAAGAAAUGGAUCCUGAAUCAGAGACGGUUUGUGUUCUGGUGGGAAUGGGAGAACCCUUAGCACAAAGGUUUGUCCAUAAUUCUUGAAAUGUUAAUCCCUCACGUUUUCCUCUGCCUUCAUUAGCCAAAAGUGAACACAAUCUGUCCUCAUCUUCUGUGACUGAACGAUGGAUAUGGUCAGUCUGAUUCCUGCAGACAUUUCCUGUGCCCUGUGCUCUUCAUACUCCAGUCCCACAAAGCCAGUUAGAAUAUUUUCCCAACAAUAUGAUUAUGAACCACCCUGGACAUCCAGGUAGUGCUGUGCCCUUUUUGACAAGCAUCUUUAAUCAAGAUUUGGCAUUCAAAUGUACAAUAAAUAACCUAAGGUCAAUUGUGUCUAUUCCCACCUUUUGAUCUAUUAUCAACAGGCCAGUGGGAAUGUCUUCUUUGGGUGUGCUUUCAUACUGGAGUUCUUUUUUGUAUUGAACAGGAACACUCAAUAUGCUCUUUAAUGGGGUGGGGGAUGUCACUAGUUAACUCUGAGUAAUGAUGGAUGGUGAUUUUUAAUCCUUUGAGAAAGGAAGGGACUGUAAUAACAUUCACAGAACCUUUUUAAUGUUUUCAGUUUCAAUUAAGGCUGGGAUACAACAGCCUUAAUUAAUGACUAGCACUUUGUUAGACCUUGAUAGUUUUUACCUAAAAUUCGGCUUGGGCCUCUCCACUGCUUUUUCUGAAUCUUUUUUGGUUAUCAAUCCUUGACAGCUUAAUGGCCAUACAGGAAUAGAAAUGUAUGAGCAUCUGGAGGCAUUUGAACAGCUUUUACUGCCACCAGUCAUCCAAGAGACUGGGCAAAUUGUUUUGCUAAUUUGAACUAGAUUUUACUUCUCUUUUUGUUGGUUUUUGCUUUUCAGUGGAAGGCGUGGGUGGUCUGAUAGGUUGGUAGUAUUUUUGUGUUUGAGAAGUAUCAAGUGAUAUUAUUUGAUUUAUAUUAAGCUUGUUAGUCUAUUCUGUUCCAUACAAGCUUCCAGCUUGUAUGAUUUAAAGUCCUAUUACUUUGUUUCUAAAUUUAGGGCUGUGGAGAAACAUAGAUGAAUGUAUACUUUAAGUCUAAAGUCCACUUAAUAUGAUUAUUGAAAGAAUUAAAGUAGAGCAGUCAUAGCUCAGUAGUAAAACAUAAAGGAUACAUGCAUAAGAACCCAGGUUACCACUGUUUCCAAAUAAAUUUCUCUUGUAACAGAUAGUAGGACUGGAGAUCCAGUAUAAAUCAAAGCAGGUGGGAUCUAGGCCACAUCCACUCCACACCGCUGCUUUGCCCUUUCAUUUGUAGCAAUACAUGCUGAAAUACAUCAGUUUGUUCUAAAGGCUGUGAUUAAUGGCUCUGAUAUUCCAGCCCUGACCAUUUUCAUCAAAUGAGAAACAUCCUCCACUUGGCAUGCAUGAUAUUCUGAUUACUCCAUAUGCUGAUUCCCCCCCCCCCUUUUCAUCACACUCUUGACUGAAUGAACAUUUCUGUAUUUCUUGCAAUUAUGGAUGGAUGGUUCAACUAUCAACCACUAGAUGACAAUAGUAAAGAAUUUUUGUACGCUUGGCUAAUAUCGAAUGAUUGCCCAGAGCACCCAACUACUGGGUCUGUGCUGUUGAAACCUUAAAGUUUGAGAAAGGUAUUUUGUUGUAGGAAUUGGUAUAGGAGCUGCAUAUUAUCCAACUAACAGUAUGUUAGAAGCCAGGUCUCCUAAGACCAAACGUCACUGGAAACAGAAUUCCUUCCCAGGCAGGCAGGCUGGCUGCAGAAAUACAAGUGGAGGAUCAUUUCAGUUGCACUUCUAAGAUGUCGUGUGUAUCAUGUAUCUUAUAUAAAUUGCACAUAGUAUCCAGAAGCAGAAUAGAAUGGAAAACAUCAUCUUCCGAAUGGAGUAGCUAAAAUCAUCUUCAUGUUGCUUCACCUUCAGGUGAACAGUGAAACCCAGAUAGUGACAUAUGGGUGUGUUCUAUAGGAACAGGAAUGGCUUUAGGUUAAGGCAAAGUAGGUACUAGCCAAGGAUGCCAAAGCUUAGGAGUCACCAAUAUUACCCCUCCUUCCUAGUUACCUUGAAAAUGCAAAUCUUUGUGUUAAUAGCAGGAGAUACCAUCCAUCAAUGCAAUCUUGGGCUCCUAUAUAACCUUGAGCUAGCACUGUUGGAAUGAUUAGUGAUUAGUAGAGGCCAUAAGGAAUGUAGAGGUGUUGAAGGGAAGGAGGGAGGAAGAACUGCUACAAAAAGGGAUUUGAGCUCGGGCCAAGAAAAUAACUUGAGAAAGUAUCUCAGACAAGACCCUCAUUAGUUCACCUGAAGAUAAAGUGAGGGAGAGGAAACACAUUCAGACUUGCAAGAUUCAGCUAUAAAAGGUCUGGCUGGCAAUAAAAAUAAUCCUGACCUAUAUUUCUUUGGUUUUGUAGACUGGUGUCCCUUAUUGGGCUAAUGCUAUCCUUGCACCCAAACAAGAUACUAUAUAGAUUUAUUCCUAGAAAAACUUCUAGUCUAACAAUCUCAGUGUAUUCUGUCUCCUAGAAUGUGGUAUUUGUAGCUUUUUAGUAUACUUUUUUUUAGUCAAAAAUUUCUCACUGACUUUUUUUUUUUUGUCAUUAUUGCAACUGUUGCAAUUCUUUUGUUUCUUAAUAGUGAGGAUGUGUUGAUCUGCAUUUAAGAGAAAUAAAGAGAGUGGAUAAUUUGAUUCAAGAUGGAACAAUAUGCUAGGAAAACCAAGUUUUUUUU